CCAGCCCGAGGGACCCUCCCCCGCUUGGCCACCGCCGCCCCGGUCGGUAGCCAGCCGCGGCGUUUCCUCCCCGCCCCUCAAGGACCCGGUGUCGGCGAGGCGGGAAGCAGAGGCAACUGGCCCGGCGGGCUCGGGUUCUAUUUAUAGCGCCCGGCAGUGACGCCAGCGCCGCCCGACCGGCUGCAGCCGCCGUGUUACCGGGCGGAUUGUGAGGCUGUGCGUUGCUGCGGGGCCAGAGGGCGGGUAGCCCCUUCCCAGCGGGCUGGUCCGCGAGCCCUUCGCCUGCCCAGCCGGAGCGGGCUACCUCGGCCAAACCCCGCUGGCCGGCGCCUGCCCGCCGCGGGGCUUUGUUUGUAAACAGUGGGGACGCUUCGAGCCCUUUCCGAGCUCCUGCGGCGCGAUCCGAGGCAGGCUCGCUGCUGGGGCCGGAGGUGGCUUGGCCGGGCUGCGGAGCCCUGACGGAUUAGGAUCCCCCCUGCCUUGCAGGCAGAGCCGCGAAAUCUGCCCCCUCCCCAACGGCUGCUGCAUAACAGUGCCCGGGGCUGAGGCGCGGGCAGGCUGGAGGGGCCGGUCUCCGCGUCUCUCUCUCGCUGCUGCGCCUUUUGCGAAAAGUUACAUUGUCCGGAGAGCCUCCUCGUAGACACUGUUGCAAACGAAAAGCGGCACCAUUUACGGAGGUAACUUUGUGCGCUGAUACUGAGGAUGAAAACUCAUUUGCAAAACGAGCUUGAAAUGGGAACAGACGAAUACUCGCUUACUAUUUAAAACUUUCCGGUAGGGAAAUCAAGAUCGAUCUGCGGAGAUUUAUUUCAAAUGUACCAUCUUGGGCUCUGGAUGCAUGUUUACUCUAAAAUCCAUGCAUAUUAGGCCAACAUUCAAAAACUGUGAAAUGAGUUACCUGCCAGAUCCUUUCCAUUCUUCAAACCUCAUCUUUCUCCACUCCUGUCCACGCUUAAAAACUCUUGGGGAAAACAGGUUGUGAUUGUUUCUCUUGUGGCAUCUGUGUGGAAAGUGCCACACACACUACAGAACAACAACGGCUUUUGCUUGCAUUUUCCAGUGUUUUUUUUGUCAGCGAGUUCAGCAAAGUUGUAAUUCUUCAAGUUCCAGCCCUGAGCUGAGUGAGGAGCCACCAGCAGAGAUGGUAAAAAUGACAAAAUCAAAAACGUUCCAGGCUUACCUGCCAAACUGUCACCGAACCUACAGCUGUAUCCACUGCAGAGCCCACCUAGCCAAUCAUGAUGAAUUGAUUUCCAAGUCUUUUCAGGGAAGCCAGGGAAGAGCCUACCUCUUUAAUUCUGUGGUAAAUGUGGGCUGUGGUCCAGCAGAGGAGAGAGUUCUUUUGACAGGUUUACAUGCUGUAGCAGAUAUCUAUUGUGAAAACUGUAAAACCACUCUUGGAUGGAAAUAUGAACAUGCUUUUGAGAGCAGUCAAAAAUACAAAGAAGGAAAAUUUAUCAUUGAACUUGCCCAUAUGAUCAAAGACAAUGGCUGGGAGUAAAUUAAAAGCAUUUUUUCACUCUGGACAAUAUUCUGUGGAACAUGCUUUAUAAAGACUAAUGCAAAUGAAAGGAGGAUAUUGGCUGAGGUAGCUCUGAGAAUAUCACUGAACUUUGCAACCUCACAAAUGAGUAGUGUAGUUUAUGUGGCUCUUUCAGGCCAUGUUUGCCUUUUUCUCCUUGUGUAAGUUCCCUCUUUUGUAUAUGUAUUCUUGUGUGAACAGUUGUUUUGGAACAUUUUGGAUGACCUUUUUCUAAACUCUCAAGUUCUAGAGAAACAGUUCACUAACUGCAAAUGAAUUUUACUGGUUAGCAUUUUUAUUUGACCUAUGCCUUUAAUGCUACCUUUUGCUGUGCAUGCUUCUUGCCUAAACACCUACACCAAAUCUAGCAGAAGACUGAUAUGAGUAGUCCUGAAGAAUGUAUGGGCUGGGGGUGUCUUUUUAUAUGUAGCAAUUUCUGAUAUCUCUGGCAGUGAAAGGGUUGCAGUAUUAGAGUAUUCAUUAAUUGCUUUUUAAAAUUUGGGAGUACCAUAAUCUAUGUACAUCUUGCAGGCAAGUAAGUUAAAGGUACAGUGCUCAUUUAGAAAUCUUUUGGUUGCACUGACUCAUAUAAGUAGAUCUUAAGUUUUGCAAAAAAGAAUACAUUAAUGAUUCAGUAUUUUUAGUGCAACUAAUUUUCAAGAAUACUAAGGCAGUGAUACUGUAGAAUAUAUUUAAUCAACAUAAUUGCAUUCCUUAUCCAGCAAACUUGUGUCUUGAAGGGAGAAGUUGAUAAAAUUACAGCCUGCAAGAUCAAAGGGCACAAAAAUAUAUGCAUCUUGUAUUUAUAAAAAUUAGUCAGUAAACAAGUUUUUGGUACUGUACCUUUUAACAGUAACAGGGACUUGUGCAUCAGUGAAGUUUUAUGGCAGGUUCCAUGUAGCUGUGUAGUCUAAUGCACUGGACAAAGAGGUUGUUAUAAAGAAAAUUCAUUGAAGUAUUCUGCUUUUGCUACACUUUAACAAAAAUAUACUUAUUUUUGUGUGACAACAGGCCAGAGCUUAUGAGAUGGAAGUUAGUAACAGUACCUGAAGAAGAGUGGGGGUUGGUGGAUGGGCAGGAAAGUGUGACGUUGACUUCAUUUCUUCAUAAAAUAGAAUAGCAAGAUAAUUUUUAAAAUAAAAAUAAAAAGGGGUUUGUUGGUUUGCUGGAUAAAUCAUCCCCAAAGACAUUUUCAUAAUAAAAUUUAUAUAAAGCUCAUAUCCUUUCUGUUUUUUGCUUUUUUCCAGCUGCUUCUUAACUGGAGUGACUUAGUAAGAAAGCCUUCUGUGGAUGUGUAUCCACAAAAUUUACUGUUGGGUUUUGUGCAUGCACUUUCAGAGAGGUUUAAAAAAAAUUAAUCUUGUGUCUUGAUGGAAUGAACAAUAUGAAAGCCUUACAAUAGAAUAGAAGUUAGUUUCCUUUUAAUAACUAUUUUAACAUGGCAUUUGUGAAGGUUGCAAUGUGUGCCAUUGCUGCUGCUGUUACAUUUUAGAUAACUCUCUGACAGGUUUUCAAAACUCUACUGCACUUUAUUACCAGACAUCAUUCAUUUACAAGCAUGCCAAUGACUAGGAGCAAUACAGAAGCUCUACAUCAGGAGCUGUGAUAAUGAACCUACAGAACUUAAAUUUUAAAAAGUAGAAAUAGUAAAAACCCUUGGGCUUAAGUCCAAAGAACUGCUCUAGUACAACUGGGUCCAAUAUGGAUUUUGUGGGGUGGCUUAUACUGCUCCUCUAUAAUCAAGAAUUAGAUUGAACCCAGGAGUCCCAAGAAUGUCACUGGCACAAGAUGGUCAUCUGGUGCUGCCAUCUGUUCAGUCUGAAAGAACCUGGAAUUCUGUUUUGUUUGGGCUAUUUUUCAGUUUUCCUCUAGUAUAAUGUCCAUUGCCAACAAUGAAAGCACCGAAACAGCUAUCAACAAGGAGUUUGUGUUGGCUUCAAAGACUAAAUGUAACACCCAUGAAGAUGUCUAUAGGAAAUUUAUAUUUUCUUUGUCUGGCUACAGACUCAAGAAGAAUUACACUGAGCUGAAGAGAAAAACACCAUGACCCUUCACUAUAAAAAUGAGAGUACAAAUUUAAGGUUAAUUUUUUUCUUUUUACGAGACAGAACAAUCUGUAGUCAUAUUUUAAAUAGUGGAUUUGGAUGUUUCCUAUUAAUGAGCUUUUUAAAAAAAAACAAAAGAAAAAACUAGAAAAGAUAUUCUUAUUUACAUACUCAACCUCUUUUUUCAGUGCAUUAUUUAUUUGUAUUUCAAACUGGACAUUUUCACCAAAACCUUAAUUACCCUUGAUGCCAAAGGUUGGGAUUUCAUUAAGUGCUUAGCACCUAAAACUUCAACUACUGGCAUAAGGAGUUAAUGUGAGUUAUGUAUAAUGUUAUGGCUUUUAAGAGAACCAAAUAAAGCAAUAUUCUUAUUAGUCUUUUGAGGAGCAGUAAGAGGGAGUAGAGAAGGAGCUGUAACUAAUACAAAAUUCCUACUCCACACUACUAUGUAAUAAUUCUUUAUGCUUGCUAUGAUAGCUGGGAGUAUGUGAACCUUUUUUUCUUAUUGCUUGACUUGAGCAGUGAUUCUUUGAAACAGUUCUCCCAUGGUAAAGAAGUGGAGAGUUAUGCCUAAUGGUUUUGGUGAAAGUUGGUUCCAGGUAUUAGUGGCUGCUGGUUGAUGUGAAGAGGUCAGUCUGGUCACUGAACCUUCCAGCAGUACAUUAAAAAGAAAAACUUACUUGAAGAGAAUUCUACAAAGCAUUUUCCCUCUAACUUUUUUUUGUGUGUGUGUGCGUAAUAUAUUAAGAUUAUAUUUAAAGGUUUUGUGUGUUCAUUCUGGGCAAGUUUACUUCCUCUCCCACUUGAGCACUUUUGUUACUUGUACUGGUUAUUUUUAUUGUUGGUCUUAACAUUUAUUUUGUUGUUUGUUUUUUUUAUAAACUGUAACAAAAAGCUUUUGUGAACUCUUGUUUCAUGCUAGCUCUUUCUUGGACCAAAUGAACCAACUACGAGCUGGCUUCUUGGAAAGAAUGUUCAUUGGGAUACAUAAGAAUAUGCUAGCGAAAAAUAUACAUGUAUUGAAGGGAUUUUCUUUUGAACCCAUAAAAGCUAUGGCUGUCUUAAUAUAAUUAAGCAUCAUAAUUUGACAUGAUUUUGGAAUCUGGUGACACAUUCUUCAUUGUCUAGGCUCUAAAGAGUGACUGUAACACUGGUGUUACAAUAUUGAGAAUCUGCUUCAAAUGCCAAUAUUCUUUCCUUGGUUUAUAACUACGGACAUCCUUUUAACCAAUGAAAGGCAAUACUGUCAUUUACAAAAUGUUAAGUUGCAAAAUUUCCUGUCAACUCUGACAGAAUUUGGGAGGACUUGCUGAUACAUCAGCCUUACCACUUUUGCUGUUUUGGAUUUUAUUUCUUUCUUUCACCGUGUUGCCAUUUUAAUAUACAGUAUUUUAUUACCCUCUUAACCAUCCAUAACCUCUUCUGACUAGUUUCUGCCUGUUGCUAAAAGGGGCUGGAAUAUGUGAACUUUUUCAUUAUCUACAAACUAUAUAGUGAUGUAGGUUGAAUUGUAACAGUACUAAUGUAGCAGAGUACAAAUAAAGUCCUGAUGCCCUACUGCAAACUAAAUAUUUGGCAAAUUUAAAAAUAAUCAGCAGCCUCUCUGUAACUGGCUUAAUUUUCAUGCAUCUAAACUUAUAGCAGCUUGUGGAAGACAUGAUUUGAAAUUAAUUUGAUUUCAAGGGAACGAUACCUCAAAGUAACAAACAGAAGCUAUUAACCCUUUGAUUAUGGAAAUAGUAAUAUAUCCAUUUUGCUCCCUAAUGUAAACUACAUUUGUGCUAACAUAGGGUGCUCUGUACCAUUUCCAAUGGACUUGAAAAUUUUCCUUUAUAUAUUGCUCUCUCAAAAAAAAAUUUUCAGAUAAGAGGAUCAUAUAGUCAGAUUGCAAGACCUGUAUCUAGAUUGAGAUACCACAGCGCCACAAAGAGAGACAAAUUUUAACAUCCCACUUGUAUGAUAAUGGGACAAGAGUGGAAGGAAGCCGUCAAAUUAUUGUUAAACUUGUAGGAUAUUGUAUUGUACUUCAUUUAGCACUCGUGUAAGCCAAUCAGCAGUAUCUAUUGUAAAGGAACAGGAAUUUCAGAGGUAAUUUUGAAAAGGACUGUUACAAAUCAUUUAAGGCCUAAAGCAUGAGUCAUAAAUGGCAACUGAGUUGUGCCUCAUAUUGUUUCUUAAACACUUUAAAAUGCUUUCUUUUACAGAUGACAUGGCUGCUUUGCUGUUUUGUCCUAGCAAUACUGUAUAUCAUUUGUUGUUUCACUAUAUUGUAUCUGAGGUAUCACAAUAAAAGUUUCAAUGGUUUUGUUGAA